CAGAUGUCGGCCUUUAAGAGAUUAGUAAAACGCCUGGGACUAGUCGCAGCGGUUUCCGGUAUGGGUGCGGUCUUCCUUCUUGAAGCUCUUCCAAAAAUCAACGAAGCACGGCGUACGAAGGCCCUUCUCAACCGUCCUAAAUUAUCUGCCGCAGAAAUUGAACGUUUUAACAAACCCUUACCUUCUCGCAUGGAACAUUUGUCACGGAUGUCUUCUGGUGAAAUUUUUGAUGUCCUAGUCAUUGGGGGUGGUGCUACCGGCACCGGUGUUGCUGUGGAUGCUGCUUCUCGGGGUCUAUCCACAUGUCUUGUUGAAAAGUACGACUUCGCCUCGGGGACUUCUUCACGUUCCACCAAACUCCUCCACGGCGGUGUUCGUUAUCUUCAGAAAGCAGUGUUCAACUUGGACCUGGAACAGUUUCGCAUGGUCAACGAGGCGUUGAGUGAACGGGCUAACCUGAUCGACAUCGCACCUCAUUUGGCCUACCCGUUGCCUAUUAUGCUUCCGAUCUACAAGCUAUGGCAAAUCCCCUACUUCUGGGCAGGAAUCAAGAUGUACGAUCUGAUCUCAGGCAGUCAAAUCCUCAAGGCCAGCUACUAUCUAAGCAAACCACAAGUUUUGGAGCGGUUCCCUCUGCUGAAGAGCGAUAAGCUGGUUGGAGGACUGGUUUACUAUGAUGGUCAACACGAGGAUGCUCGAAUGUGUCUGAGCCUUGCGCUGACCGCUGUUCGGUACAAUGCAGCCAUUGCCAACUACGUUGAAGUACUUGAGCUGACCAAGGGAAGGCCGUACCACUCCCUGGCUGCCUCCACAAUUCAAACUGGCCAGCUGAAUCUGGAUAAACAACCUGAAGUGGUAACAGGUGCGCGCGUUCGAGAUCGCCUAACUGGGAAAGAGUUUGUGGUCCGGGCNNGUGAUCAAUGGGUCCUUACACAGAUCGAAUCCGGCAUAUGGACGACAAAAACCAGCCAGGCAUUUGUCAACCCGCUUCUGGUGUACAUAUCAUUCUUCCCGGAUACUACAGGUAUUCCUUCCAGAAUGGGCCUUCUUGACCCGUCUACUCGCGACGGGCGCGUCAUUUUCUUUCUGCCGUGGAUGAACUUCGCUCUGGCAGGGACCACCGACAGUCCGUGCACGCUGACAGACCGUCCAAGCCCCACGGAAGCAGAGGUGCGCUUCAUAUUAGAUGAGAUUCGAGACUAUUUGUCCCCCGACAUCAAAGUUCGUCGUGGAGAUGUCCUCUCGGCCUGGUCCGGGAUACGCCCUCUGAUAAUGGAUCCGAACUCGGCCGACACGCAAUCUAUUGCUCGUAAUCACGUGAUCGAGGUAUCACCAAGUGGUUUGAUCACUAUCGCCGGUGGGAAAUGGACCACAUAUCGGAGUAUGGCAGAAGAGACAAUAGAUAAGGCAGUUAAGGUUUGUAAUCUCAAACCGAAGAACGACUGUCGGACAAAAGGCCUGUUGCUGGAAGGCGCGCACAACUGGACGCCGAAUCUGUUCAUCCAACUGGUCCAGGAGCAUGGUAUGGAUGUUGAUGUGGCCAGACAUCUCACCGGUAUUUACGGGGACAAAGCUUUGGCCAUCGCUAACAUGGCAUCGCUCACUGGCCGGCGAUGGCCAGUUUUGGGCAAGAAGCUACAUCCGGAAUUCCCGUUCAUCGAAGCAGAGGUCAAAUGGGCCUGUCAGGAGUACGCAUGUCGAGCAAUCGAUUUCCUUGCUCGUCGAACGCGGUUGGCUUUUCUCAACGUGGUCGCUGCGCAGGAGGCUUUGCCCAGAAUUGUCGAACUGAUGGCUGUCGAACUAGGCUGGGACAAACGGAAGCAGAAAGAGGAGUUGGAACAUGCACAAGAAUUUCUAAAAUCCGAGAUGGGCCUACAUUUGCAAGGCAAAGAGAGCGUUCCAAUCAACUUGACGAUGGAAGAGACAGAUCAGUUGUUACAACGUUUUCGUAAAUUGGAUGCCGGAACCAAAGGAUACAUAACCCUGUCUGAUUUGAGCCGUUGUUGUGAGGAAUCUGGUGAGCACCUGAGCAAGGAGUCGCUGCAAGUUCUUCUUGAAUCAAUGGAUAUGGAUAAGAACGGCCGCAUCGACGUUACAGAUUUUUUGCACUUCAUGUCUGCUCUCAAGUCAGGAACCGUGUCCCACAGCCCAUUGAAACGUGUCUUUAGCCGCGCCCCAGUUCCUGUACAUCGUAGUGGAGGUGGAGUAUAACCCGUCUUCCAUGAAGAUUAUCUUUUUUGGUGUGAUGCCUACAGGACCCCCUACCUAUCUACCAACCAGCAACCCUAUGGCUGUUCUGAGUACCCUUGUCGUCGUGCUCACCUUUCUUUCUACUUACCUUCGAGUUCAUUUUCUCCUUUUUAUUCUCUACGUCUUAUCAGAAGAUGCCUGUUCAGUUACACACGCAGUUGUAUAGAUUAUUUUGUUGCAAAUUGUUUCUUUGCGCUUACAGCGGUGCGCGCUCCAUUAAUUUCGUCUUCUGUACAUUGUUGUUUUAGCCUAUGAGACUCUGUCUGAGAUAACAGAUACAAUUUCGUUUAUUUCCCUUCACUGUCUUAUCGAUGCGAAAAGAGAUGCGUUUUUGAAGGAGUUGUAAAUCUUGAUCGGAUUUACCUCAGUGGUUGCAAUGUUGCAUACG